AUGGAGUUAAUCCGGAAGACACUGAACAGCACCGCCAUCCGAGGGAGUUACCUCCUUGUCUGUGUAGCGAUAGCGGUACUUAUACGAAUAUAUUCUGUGCUUCGAUAUGAGUCGGUAAUCCACGAGUUUGACCCGUACUUCAAUUACCGAGCAACGAAGUUCCUUUUGGCGAAUGGACUUGACUCCUUCAACAAUUGGUUUGACGAGACGGCAUGGUACCCCCUUGGUCGUAUAGUUGGUACAACAGUCUAUCCGGGCUUAAUGUAUACUUCAGUCUUCUUCUAUCGAGUCUUGGAGUUUCUUCACUUGACGGUUGACAUCAAAGACAUCUGCGUCUUCUUAGGUCCAGUCUUUGCGGCGUUUACUGUUAUAGUUGGAUAUAAAAUGACUUUAGAAGUCUCGACCCAGGGCGCAGCGUAUAUAGCGGCGUUCAUGAUUGCUAUAGUUCCGGGGUAUAUCAGCCGAUCUGUAGCUGGGAGUUAUGACAAUGAAUGCAUCUCGAUCUUUGCACUCCUCUUCACGUUCUAUAUGUGGAUCAAAGCAGUCAAAACGGGGAGUCCACUCAGAGGAAUUAUGACGGCUGUUGCGUAUUACUACGUUGCACUGUCGUGGGGAGCAUAUGUCUUUGUGAUCAAUAUCAUCCCCCUCCACGUCUUCAUCUUGUUGAUCACCGGGAAGUACUCGAAUCGAGUGUACCGAGCAUACACAUCGUUCUAUAUUGUCGGCAUCUUAUUGUCGAUGCAAGUGCCGUUCAUCGGAUAUCAACCGAUCAGAUCAUCGGAACAUAUGGCAGCCCUCUUUGUGAUGAUUCUGCUCCAAGUCUAUGUGGUGUUCAGUUGGAUCAAAGAGAAAGUGAGCGACGCACAGUUCAAGAAGUUCUACCAGAAGUGCAUUGGUGGGGUGAUUAUCGGAUGCUUUGUGGGUGUUGUUGUGUUAACGAUUACCGGUAAAAUCAGUCCGUGGACUGGACGAUUCUACGCGUUGCUGGACCCCACGUAUGCGAAGGAACACAUCCCGAUUAUAGCGAGUGUGAGUGAACAUCAGCCCAGUAGUUGGGGGACGUUCUACUUUGAUUUGCAUAUCAUCUGCUUCUUGAUCCCACUUGGGAUCUAUUUCUUAUUAAAGGAUCUGAAAGACGAGACGGUCUUUAUGAUACUCUUAGUGAUGGUGACGGUGUAUUUCUCUGGUGUUAUGACACGACUUAUUUUGAUUCUGUCGACUGCUGCGUGUAUAGUAAGUAGUGUUGGACUGAGUAAAAUGUAUGAAGCAGUGAAUGGAAUGAUCUAUACCGGACAACCGGAGAAGAAGACGAAGAAGAAUAAGAACGAAGGAGGGAACACUACCUUAUUCAAAAGGAUUGGCAUCUAUAUUGCAGUGGUGCUGUCGAUUUGUUUACUUGGAUACGCGUCCCAUUGUCUUAUUGCGGGGAGAGAAAGUUACUCGUCGCCAUCUAUUGUCAUGAAGGUGCCAACGUAUGACGGGGGAUUUAUAGUGUUUGAUGACUUCAGAGAUUCAUAUCGCUGGCUGAAUCAAAACACGCCGGUUGAUGCCAAGGUCAUGUCGUGGUGGGAUUAUGGAUAUCAGUUGGCAGCAAUAGCGAAUCGCACGACUAUUGUCGACAAUAACACGUGGAACAAUUCGCAUAUAGCGAGAGUGGGUGGAGCGUUUGCGAAAAACGAGAAAGAGAGUUAUAAGAUACUGAAAGAAUUGGACGUGGACUAUGUGUUAGUGAUUUUUGGAGGAGUAGUUGGGUAUGGAGGAGAUGAUAUCAACAAAUUUCCGUGGAUGAUACGAAUAGGAGGGACCGUUGAUAAGAGUAUAGAAGAGAAAGACUAUUUAGGAGAGAGUCAUGAUUUUGAUAUUGGAGUGAAUGCGACAGAGACGAUGAAGAACAGUUUGAUGUACAAAUUGUGUUACUACCGAUUUGGAGAACUGUACACGGAACAGAACCAACCCUCUGGAUAUGAUAGAGUCCGCCGUAAAGAAAUAGCAGUCAAAGACAUCAAGUUGGAACAUCUUGAAGAGGUCUAUACAUCGGUCCAUUGGAUGGUAAGAAUAUAUAAAGUCAAGAAGGAGAAUAACAGGAUCUAUGAUGUCGACAAACUUCAACACAAUUAA